GAUUUGCGAGCCCAGAAUGAGCGUGAUAAUAAUUUCAUUUAUAACGCCAAAAAUGCGGUCAGUCAGGGCAUAUUUCGGCAUUUAAUGGCGCUGCUACUGCCCAGGUCAGUUUAUAACAUGGUGGUAUUAAGGUCUGGCAAAGGUCAAUCAAACGAUGAAUACUUUCGUCAAUUGAUUGACAGUAUUAUUAGCGACAGAAAUAGCGGUGAAUUGUUUCACGAAUUUAAAGAUUUUAUUUCUUUAUUAUUGGAGGCGGAGGUCGACGAUAAUGACGACAAACGGGUCGACACCUAACUCUCAGCCAAACCCUAAGCGCAUAACAAGCGACGAAAUCGUCGCCAAUAUAUACGCCUUUCUGAUCGUCGGCUUCGACACCAUUUCAAAUACCCUGUCGUUCGCCGCAUACGAGUUGGCGCGCAAUCCCGACGCCCAGCGCCGGCUGAACGAUGAGAUUAUUACAGCCUCGAGAGCGUCGCCACCGGUAGAGAGCGCGCCGAUCGUCGGCUACGACCAGUUACCGGGAAUGCCGUUUUUGGACGCCAUCGUAUCGGAGACCCUACGACUACACCCGAGCUCACUGUUCCUCAACCGGUGCCCAUCGACGCCAUACACCGUCGCUGAUAUGGACACGCAAUUUCGGGGUCCGCCCCCAAACGGCAGAUACGUAUAGGGCUGUAUCCUAUCG